CUCUGUGAGGGUCUGUGUCAGGAUGCAGCUCUUCUUCUUCUACUUCUUCCUCCUCGUGUGCUGCGGCGCCGUGGCGGUGAGGGCGUGGGCCGGCUGCCAGCGGGACCGGGACAAGGACCACCGGCCGAGGGAGAACUGCACCGCGCUCGGCUUCAGUGAUGUCCCGAGGGGAUUCGAACCCACGACCGAGGUGAUGUUGCUUCCUUACAACCAGUUCACCAGCCUGUCCUGGUCCUCCUUUCAGAUCUUCACCAAAAUCUAUGAGAUUGACCUCACGGGCAACCAGGUUCCAGAUGUUCCCCCCAGCGUUGCUCCGGUUCUGCCCAGCCUCCGAGUCCUCCGGCUGGGAUCUAACCGCCUGAAGUCCCUCCCCGAGGGCUCGUUCUCCGCCUGUCCCGCUCUGACUGAACUCUACCUGGACAACAACGGCCUGCACGCUCUGAGCAACCACAGCUUCUCCGGACUCAGCAAGCUGGAGAUCCUGGACUUGUCAAACAAUCACAUCGCGAAGCUUCCCGAGCUGAUGCUCCGCCCCCUCCUCGUGUUCGAGACCCUCUACCUGGAGAACAACCAGAUCAAGGUGAUGCCAGAUGAUUGGUUCGGCCCGAAGGAGGAAGUGCCGUAUCUCUAUCUCUCAGCCAAUCCCUGGGCCUGCAACUGUUCCCUCGGGUACUUUCACAGAUACCUUGGUGAAAACGAAUUCAACUUCUACGUCCGGGAUGGCCUGAUCAUCAACAAUGACGCAGAGAGUGUGGUGUGUGACUCUCCACAGUGGCUUAAGAAUAAACCUAUUGUGAGUCUGGAAGAAAAUUACGUGUGUCCCCCUGCAACAGAGCCAAGUACACAUGGAGACUUACAUGAUGAUCAUAGAGGAGAUGUUUAUAGGCCGGAUAACUAUGCUACUACUGUUCCUAUAGCUGCUGCACCCAUUCCUGCAACUACUGAACUCAUUCCUACAACUACUACACCCAUUUCUACAACUACUACACCCAUUUCUACAACUACUACACCCAUUCCUACAACUACUACACCCAUUCCUACAACUACUACACCUAUUCCUACAACUACUGCACCCAUUUCUACAACUACUACACCCAUUCCUACAACUACUACACCCAUUCCUACUUCUACGACCUUAAGUGAAGAACUCCAAACUGUUUUCCACAGAGUAGUUACGUGGUCCUGGUACCAGACUUUCACCAGAUUCGUCGAAUGGUCCGAUCAUUCAGGGUGGGAAAUCAGAAGAACCUCGAUUCCCGUUUAUUCUCCUACUGUCGAACCGUCAACUGAAAGCCCUGCUCCCACCACGCCAACAAAACGCCAAACUGUUCCGCUAACCGUAACUCCAACGACACCGAAACUCCGGGUAGUCACAACUACCGAGGCGACUGCUGUCCGCGGUAAAUUUAGAGCUGGCAGAGGAGCGGGGGUUUUCUGCUUUUGGCUUUUCGCCGGGUGCGUUCUGCUGUGCGUGGCGUCUGCGGCGUGCUCGUUGGCGACUUUUGUGAGGCUGAUCGUGUGGUACCGGCAGACGUACCGGCCACUGAGGGCCAUGCUGGCAAAGGGGGGAGGAAGAGGGGAAGUCGUGAGGCUUUUAACGUGCAGCGGGAGGGAAAAGAAGGAAGUGGGACAGGGAGGAGGAGGAGGAGGAGUGAUGGCAGUGUAUCGCUCUGUGCUGUUCGUCCACAGAGACGGAGGAGACGCAACAGAGAGGGAAGAUGGAGGGAAGGGAGGAGAUGCAAUGGAGAGGGAAGAUGGAGGGAAGGGAGGAGAUGCAAUGGAGAGGGAAGAUGGAGUGAAGGGAGGAGACCCAACGGAGAGGGAAGAUGGAAGGAAGGGAGUUAAGGGAGGAAGUGAAAGACUUGUCAUAACUCUGGAGCCAUCGGGAGCAGCGAAUAGAAAAGUGGAAGGAGAAAGUGGAAAGAGGGAGGAGAAGGGAGUGUACAGGAAGACGUUGUACCGUUUGUCAAGCAAGGAGAAGGAGCUAGAGGGAUGGAGGGAUGUGAUGGAGGAGUGUCAGGUCUCUGCAGGAGAAGGAGGGGAGCAGAGGAGGCGAGGGGAGCAGGCAGUCUCUAGAAAGGUGUACAGUGUGAUUCUGAGGGAGGAGAGGGAGGAGGAAGGGGGAGGGAAGGAGGAACUGGACUGGGUGGUGGGGGGGAUUCCCACUACAGCCCUGGAAGCCCUGGAAGCCCAGCCUGCCUGUCUGAGCCUUGUUCUCCUCUCGAACCUGCUUCUCACCUGUCUGCCCGCUCUCAGCCCCAGGAGAUAUCCAGCACCUGCAUCGCUCAUUUUUUGUGUUCAAUAA